AUGGCCUAUCCUCCGAUUGAGGCCCUCGAGUUAGCCAGCUUGGUUUUCUUCGGGAUUUCAAUACUUCCUGUCUGCUACUGUUUUUAUAUGCAUGGCCUGCAGGGCCUCGGUCCAUGGCUUAACGCAUUCAUCUGGAAUUCUCUGCGCAUCGCCGCUAAUGCCAUCGCGUUUCAUUCGAUCGCGACAACUGGUUUGCCCAGUAUCAUCAUCCCACUUGUAAUUAACGGGGUCGGUCUCUCGCCGUUUUCAUUGGUGUGUCAGGGCUUUGUGAAUGAAGCCAACUUUUCAAUCCGUAAAGACCUCCCGGUUUUUGCGGGAAUUUGGGGCUCCAUUACUGCCCAGGUACUGAUCAUCGUUGGUGUGUCUUUGUCGCUGAAGGGUCUCACUGAGCUUGCCAUUCUUAAAGCUGGCCUCAUUAUCUGGCUUCUCGGAUGGGUCUAUACAGGCGUGUUGAUCGUGGGAAGUUGGUCUUGCAAAGGCCACAAGAGACGUCUCCCUGAUGAAAAAGUCCUUCUGUACGCCGCCACAAUUUCUUGGCCACUUGUUGGAUUCCGUGUCGUCUAUGUGACGUACUGUGGCUAUGUUUACCACAUCUUUGACCAAGGUGGUAUCACAAUCGUGUCAGUCUUCGGACUGCUUCCAGAGUUCCUGUGUAUGGUCAUCUAUCUAGGUGCCGGUAUCUGGACUCGGAACCUGUCGCGUAUACACAAGACUUUACGACAAGAAGAAAAAGCAGCCAAGAAGCAGGCCAAAGCUGGUAACUUGAACUCUUUACCAGGGAGUUCAGAGCCUCUUGAAAAGUUUACUUCUUAUUCUGGGUCAGACAAUACUCGCACACAUGGUGCAGCGAGUAUUUCGGGGACUACAGUAUGA